CUUGCUGUCAUUUUAUUUGAUCAAUAAUAGAAAAAUGGAGGAAGAAAUCACCGAUGAUGAGAAUUACGAACCGCAAGUCUUUUCGCGGAACCCCACCGAACGCAUUGCUGCCCGCCGCCUCCGCAUCCAGCGCCGUGUGGAGGCCCUGCACAAGGCGAAAGAGGCGCAAGAGGCGGCAAAACUCAACGUCACCCUCGAGCCGGAGGUGACCAAGACGCCCAUUGAGGGCCAGAUCGAGAAAAGCUUGGAGCUUUUGGAGAAACUGAUCCUCGAAGGGGACGAGUAUGUGAGCAAUGUGAGGGUGGCGACGGAGGCCCGCGAGGCUGAUCGACGUGAACGCGAGGGAAUCGGCAAGGAGAAGCUCCUGAAGGAGUUGGAGGAGGAGGCCGAGGCGGCGGCGAGCAUGUUCGAGGAGAUUGCCAAUAAAUGGGGCGGGAUUUUGAAGUACAAUGACCCGUUGCACAUCAGCGAGGAUAUACAAAAUCAGAAGGAGAAGUGCGACGAGCUUAUCAGACAGAAAGACAAUCUGAUUGCUGAACUGAAAGAGAAAAUUAGAAAGGCGGAAAUCAAUUUUGCGAUUGAUCAGAGAAAACAGAUCGAGGAUGUCAAUUCGAUAGCCCACAGAAUCGAAAACCAGAUAAUUGUAAUGAGGAAAGCUUAUCGUCAGGAGUUGCAAAUGAUCGAAGAGGUCAUCCUCGCCGAGCGCCAGAUCCUCAUCGAGGCCAAUAACAAGAAAUGGGAGGAAUUAUACAAGAAGCGAGACCAGGAGGAAAAAGCCAAUUCCGAGCUCAAAUCCGAAGAUUAUUGGAGUUUUGUUAAAGAAAUGGACAAUUUGCAACGUGAUUUUCAGGAAUUGUAUCGUGAAACCACAAUUAAACUUGAGAAUGAUUGUGAUGAGCUUCAACGUGAAAUGGAAAGAAUUAAAACAGAUGCGGUUAUGAAUAGUGAAAAGCUCGAUUACAAUUAUCAGAUUUUGAAAAAACGCGAAGAUGAAAAUUUGAUAAUACGAUCGCAACAAAAACGUCGAAUAAAUAAACUCCAAGAUGUUAUAAAUAAUUUACGUAAGAAAAAUAACGCUUAUCAAACACAAACAAGUCAACAAAUUGAUAAAUUAACAAUCGAAUUGAGGAAACUAACACAGAAUAUUCUCGAUAUUGAGCAAAAAGCUGAUCAUAUUGCUCAAGUAAAUGACGAGAAAUUUAAAAAAAUCUGGAGUAUGAACAAACAACGAGCUGAUCAACUCUUUAAACGUAUCCUCGACAUCGAUAAAACUCUUCACGAGCAACAAUUGGGUCUAAUUUGGGACCCUCCUCAUCACAAAUUACCCACAAAAAACGAAUUAGAGAGUUACAAAACUGCUCUAAAUCUUCUUAGUGUUAGAAAAUUUAAAAGCAAAAGUGUGAUUAGUGCACCAGAAGGCGCUCCAAUCGAACCCGAAAAUGUACAAAUCGAAACAAUUGAAGAAAAUCAAAAUUAUAAAAAAACACUAAGACAUAUUUUGAAUUUGGUCGGUGAUAAAAUGGGUUUUUUGAUCGAAGAUGAACUAUUUGCGAUCUUAGAACCGUAUUUGGAACAAGAACAGACGCUGGUAAAGGUCGACAAUGUUUUUGCGGCGCUUAACAUCAGUGAACGUAGCGAUAUUGACCUCCUUCUUGAAUUCUUCCUCCCAUAUAUGUUUUGUCCUAUAUGUAACACAAUUUCUGAAAAACCGGUUAACCUUGAGGAUGAAAGCUUGAUGAACGUUCAUGAAAUGGAUCCUUUGAACGUCUCUGAACUCACUGACAAUACUGACAGUCGAAGUAAAUUGAGUGAAACAAUUGCCACCGAUUUAACAUUGAGAGAAUAUGUGGGGGCUGAGCGUGAAGGGGGUAGUAAUAUCGAUGUGGGGCCCUUAUCGGUGACCCUUUACGAUGAUAAUUUGAAAGGGGAGUGUAAAGGGCCUGAAUUGGGUGAACGCGAUACUAAGGACCAGGAUAGUAAGGGGUCCUUCGGUGAGGCUGAUAAUAAAUCAAAUGUGCCAUGUCAGUACCAGCACCCUCUUGUGAUAAGCUCGAUUUAUGUUUUGAAAGCUUUGAGGGAGUUUUUGGGAAAAUAUCACGUCAAAAAAGCCGGAAUGCCAACAAUGACAGCAAGAUUGGCUUUUAAACGAAGUACUGUGUCUCGAUUGGUGGUACAGGAGGAUAUUGAGAGUUAUUGGACUAAAUAUACGACGCUUUUUCCUAAAGAAAGAGAGCAGUUGUGGGAUAGUCUUCUAGCGGGGCUUAAAAGAUAUCACGAAUUGUUGAAAGUUCGGAAACUCACAAGUGAAGAAGUGGUGAAAUUGAGGAAACAAAACUCGGAAUUGAGACGAGUUUUUGCAAAUUAUAUCGACAAAGACGACAUUCCUUACUGAUUUAUUACUUUAGUAAAUAAAAAACUCACAAAAA